GCCGAGACGGAGGGAGGGGCCGUGCCGCCUUCCAGAGUCAUUGGAGGACGCGACUGCUCGAAGCUGAUAAAUAAGGGGCCGGGCCGCGGCUGCGGGCCAAGUUGGACGCCCCGACCGGUGCGAGGGCCAGGUCAGCACCCGCCCCGCGAGGCGACCCCCGUGCGGCCAUGGCCUCGCUGCUGGGAACUUACCCGUGGCCGGAGGGGCUCGAGUGCCCGGCCCUGGAAACCGAACUGUCGGAUGGGCUGUCGCCGCCAGCCGCCACUCGCCCGCCGGGGGACAAGGGCUCGGAAAGCCGUAUCCGGCGGCCCAUGAACGCCUUCAUGGUGUGGGCCAAGGACGAAAGGAAACGUCUGGCGGUGCAGAACCCGGACCUGCACAACGCCGAGCUCAGCAAGAUGCUGGGAAAGUCGUGGAAGGCACUGACGCUGUCGCAGAAGAGGCCAUACGUGGACGAGGCGGAGCGACUGCGCCUGCAGCACAUGCAGGACUAUCCCAACUACAAGUACCGCCCGCGCAGGAAGAAGCAGGCCAAGCGCCUCUGCAAGCGCGUGGACCCCGGCUUCCUGCUGAGCUCCCUCUCCCGGGACCAGAACGCCCUGCCGGAGAAGCGGGGCGGCGGCCGGGGGGCGCUGGGGGAAAAGGAGGACAGGGGUGAGUACUCCCCGGGCGCCGCCCUGCCCAGCCUGCGGGGCUGCUACCAGGAGGGGCCAAACGGCGGAGGCGGCACCCCAGGCAGCGCGGACAUGUACCCCUACGGGCUGCCCACGCCUCCGGAGAUGUCGCCCCUGGAUGUGCUGGAGCCAGAGCAGACCUUCUUCUCUUCCCCCUGCCAGGAGGAGCAUGCGCACUCCCGGCGCAUCCCCCACCUGCCCCGGCCCCCUUACUCCCCCGAGUACACCCCCAGCCCCCUCCACUGCAGCCACCCCCUGGGCUCCCUGGCCCUCGGCCAGUCCCCUGGCGUUACUAUGAUGUCCACCGUACCCGGCUGUCCCCCAUCUCCUGCCUAUUACUCCCCUGCCACCUUCCAUCCUCUCCACUCCAACCUCCAUGCUCACCUGGGCCAGCUCUCCCCCCCUCCUGACCACCCCGGCUUUGAUGCCCUGGAUCAGCUGAGCCAGGUGGAACUCCUGGGGGACAUGGAUCGCAAUGAAUUCGACCAGUAUUUGAACACUCCCGGCCACCCAGACUCUGCCGUGACCCUCAGUGGGCAUGCCCCGGGCUCUCAGGCGCCAACCACGGGCCCCACGGAGACCAGCCUCAUCUCUGUGUUGGCUGAUGCCACGGCCACGUACUACAACAGCUACAGCGUGUCAUAGAGCCCGAGGCCGCGGGUCCAGUCCUGCCUUGCCACCACUCUGCUUCCUGAGCACUGAGAAGAGCCGAGAUCUCCGUGCUACGGCCCUGGUGGGCAGGUCUGCACUGCCCGCCCCAGCGACCUGGGUUCUGCUCAUCCGACGGCUCUUCCGCCCCCUCCCCCACCCAUUCCACUGCCUGCAGCCUGCAUUUUGAGUACAUUCCUUCAAAUGAGUUUUUAUUGGCUAAUUGGGAAUAAGACAAGGUAGCUGCUGAAAGAUGCUGGUCCCAGGUGCAAUUUUCACCCACCUCUCCUCCCUGUCCCCAACCCUGAAACAAAUGUGUGAAAAGCCCAGCAGCAUUUACAACCUCUCCAAAAUCUGACACAACCUCAGGGAUACAGCCUGUCUGAUCUUUGGGUUCUCCAGAUGGGGAGACCCCUGGGCUGGGAUCCACAGACCCAGGAUCCUGGGAGGGCUGGUGACACACUGACUGGCAUCUCCUCCCCUUCCAGCCUGUCCCCCCACCUGAAAAGUGAGGGACAGAUUUGACACCUAAGUUUCCUUCUUCUCCAGGGUUUUCUGAUGUAGGAUUUUCUCAAGGCUAACUAAAAGGAAAACAAAGUUUGAUUCAGUGAGCUCCUUAAGCUGCAGCCUGUGGUGAUUCUGUGGGCACAGCCUGAGGACUCAAGGCUUUCUGCCCUCGGACUGCCUUCCAAAAUGAUCCUAGUCUUGUAAAAGGACUCUUUUCCAAUUUGAGAAAAAAAACACUCAUCUUGAUUUGGGAAAUGAACCAGUAGGGUUGACUACAUCGCUGAUAAUGAGAUUGAAUUCAAGCUGCUUUACUGAAAAUAUGUUUUUUAGAGAUGUUCUUUUUUUAUUACACACACAUUUCAAGAGACUAUACACAACCUGAAUAUAUACAGUGUGUGACGCACACACGUUCAUGCCCACCCUCACAGCCUAAAUCAGAUGCUCUUGUUGACAUUGGCAACUUCUUGUCAACUCCCUGUUCCUAAUGACCCAGAGAGCAGGGAUCCUAAAAAAGAAUUUCCUCCAAUCUGGAUCUGUUCAUUUCUUGAGCAAAAUUUCAGCAACCCUUCCUUCUGCAAAGUGCAGAAGCAAAAGGAACUUUCUUCCCAAUGUCUCCAUCUCCCUCUCUCCCUUUCCUGGGAUUCCUCCCCUCCAAUUCUUUGCUCUUUCUCCACCCCUAAAUUGGCCACUAAGUCAAAGAUCCCCCUGAUUUAAAACUUCCAAGUCCCAUUCCCAGGGCGGGGAUGGGACUGCAUCCUCCUCACCAGCCAGCUGUGUCUCCCGGUAACACCUUCAGCCAGCACUUCAAAACAGCUACCCCACUGCACCUUCACUGUACUUCCUUCCCGAAGACCAGAAACGCACAGUAAUUUGGAAAAUGAUUCUGAGCCUGGACCCCCCCACCAAACAUUCCCGUCCUUCUCUCAGGCUUUCUUUGAAGGAACACACCUAACAGUGAGCGAAAGGCAGUCGUUUGUCUUUUGAUGUCAGCAUAUUAUUGCCUGUAUGAAAUAUGUAAGUGUUUUAUAUAUUCUCUUAUUAUUUUCACCUUAUAUUUUGUAUUGUUGAAAGAUCCUUUUUUUUUCCCUUCCAAGAAGUCCUAUUGUAAAAUCACUUAUAAGGUAUGAUUAAUCUUUAUGCUAUUACUGUAUAUGACAUUUGGUAAUAAAUAGUAAAUCAUUGACAAUAAGAUUGACUGGUGCAGUCCCGAAUGUGUAUUAAUAAUCUUGUAAAACACGAUCACAGACAUUAAGCUAAACUGUUCCAUUUUUUUUGGCCAAGAAUUACACAUGUUUUGGAACAGUUGUAGAUAUUGAUUUGUCUAAAAUAUUUAAUUUAAAUAAACUUUUUUGU